GACGUCCUGUGCAGAGAGAUACUGUAGAUGCCCUUACAGUCAUAAUCAUAGGUUUAUAGUCUUUAUAUUUGCUUUAUGUAAAAGGUAGUUUUAAAGCCUGGGAGAUAAGCAGCAGCAUGCAUCGGAGCGCAGUGGUCGUGGUGGCGGAUAAAACGAGCCUGAAAAGGCCGUUUAUUUUUGCAAACGCUGUGCAUAUGGCUCUGUGCUCCUUCAUGUUGACGAUGACAGUAGCUUGGCAUAGAGACCUCAUACAAACUGGCAAACUGGUGUCCACUGUUUCUGUAGUGAUAAUGUACUUGGUAGAGAUCGGCUGCCUGCUGCUCUCAGUGAUCGGUGUGGUUGGAGCCUGUACAGGAAAGAGAUGGUGUUUGAUUCUGUAUGCAACUGGGAUGGCAGCAGCCAGUCAAACAAUAAUUGUGAGAACAGCACUAAGUUACCAAGAUGUUUAUGAGAAACGUGUGGUCCGUGAGGAGACUAAGUUGCUGUCCAUGAUGCCACUUACUGGAACCAGCAAAGCCAACAGGACCCUGUUGUAUAGUAUUCAAAAAGAAUUUGAGUGCUGUGGUCUUAUUGAAGGCUAUAAAGACUGGGGCGCUUCCAUCCCUGCCUCCUGUAACUGUCAGUAUCCAGGAAAAUGCAUUCGACUACGGGGCAGCGCCACACUCGGGGCUCCAAAGAACCAGUAUGUUUAUCAAGAGCCUUGCCUACAUGUGUAUGUUUCUGAACUGAAGCUUGCAUUCUCAUUGACGAUGGCUGUUCAGUUUGGAAGUGGAGUAUUUUGGGUGGUUCUACUGGUCAUGAGCAUCAAGCUGAUGGGCCAGAUAAAAAGGAAACAGGAGUUCAUGGCUCUUCUCCUAACAAACAGAUAUGUUCCUGGUGCCUUCUAGUCACCUCAUAUGUUUUGAUAGACACUUCAAAUUAUUAUCAAGCAUACCUGAUUUGUAUUUGCACAUUAUGCUGUAUACCAUAACCUGGCUAUUUUUGUGCUAUAGCAACAUAUGUUGGCAUCAUAAUUUCCUGUCAAUGCAUGUAACUGAUAUUGAAAAGUAUAUACAUGCAUAGAUCAAUUUCCUUUAUCCUACUGCUGUAAAAACAUUGCAAUUUAUUGAAAUUAACUAUGUUUAAUAAUCAGCACAUUUUAAAAUGCUUUUGUCAUAUAUCUGAAAUUAUGUUCGAAAUUAUUAUAUCUUACCAAGCAUUAACCAGCCAUCUGUUUUCUUUGAGUAGCUAGACCCGAUUCCCAGCAUUUUGUUAUUUACAGUAAGUGUUGUCUUAUCUGGAUAAUAUUCAGAUAUUAUUAAGUCCAUUUCCUUUAUACCUGGAUACAUCACCUGUCUUUGGAAAGACAGAUAUGAAUCUAAUUGCAUCUACUGUACCUACAACUUUAUCAAUUAAUGGGUUUAAUUUAACUCUUGUCAACUGGACCAACUUCUUUUAAGCACACAUUUAAAUAUUCAUACUUGUCUAAAACUCACUCAUUAAAUUUUCAGCAUUAGAGCAACCAAUAAUCUUUGAACAAAUAAUAAUAUGAAUAACCCGUAUGUAGCACAUUUCAUAAACAGUGUUUACAAAGUGCUUUGAUUGAAAUAUAACCAUGUAUUUAUUAUUGAGCAAUGUAUUUCCUUGGAUAAAUAAUCAGGUUGGACGACGGAAUGAGCCACAGCUCUCAUUGGGACAACAGAAUGUCUUGAUGCCUUGUUAUGCACAAUGUAUAUUUGAAACUUCAUCACUCCAUUAAGUUUUUGUUAAGGCAUAUUUAGUGGGUAAAUGAUACCCACUAGGAGGAGAGGGGAUUCUGUUUGGUUGCACAUUAAGUAGACAUGCAGUAAAUCCUCAACUAUUUCGCCUGCAAAAGUUUGAUUUCAAGGUUUUGAGACAUUUUGGCAAGGCCACUGCAGACAGGUUGUGAGAGGCUCCUGUAGGAAAACGCGUCAACAAUAUUCUUGCAGAGACUGUAAUGUCCCGACUGAUGCCACUCUCACCGAAGAAGCCUUUACGCCACAUCACUCCUAAAAUGACUUGCUGCAUGAGCUGCCUGCGGUUGAAAUGUCAUCCUUGACUGAUAUAUUGUCAUAUGAAUUUCAUCUGACACAGCAGAUCCAAUGUCUACCUGUGCACUUUAACCAUUAAUGCCUAAUAUACAAUAUACUCUUGCCAAGUAUGGUAUUGUUAUUUCUGUUAUACACUGUUUUUAU